AUGGCGCCAGAGGUGAUCCAACAGCAGGACGGCUACGGCCGCAAGGCGGAUAUCUGGAGCUUGGGCUGUGUGGUCAUCGAAAUGGCCUCCGCAGAGCGGCCCUGGGGCAACGGAGCCUUUGAAAAUGCAUCUUGGAGACGGAGAGGGGAGGAGAUCGGAGAUUGGAGCGGGAGGAGCUCGGAGACCAAGGGACCCUGGUGGGCUCAAACGUGUUGUAAGACCAUCUGCGACAUGAAGAAGUGGGCUCGGCAGAGGUUGCAGAAGCCGGCUGUUGUGGGGGUCGAUGACUGUGAGCAGGGUGAGAGGAGCGCUCCCAAAAUGAGAGAGAUGUCAGAGCAAUGUGGGUUGGAUAUACAUGCUAUUGUUCUAUCAUCGAACAUCUAAGUGCGAACGAGCGGGCAUUGGUGUUGUUUGUCGACCAGGCUAUAGUAAUUAUGUUGCCA